CUGCCUCCUCUGCACACUAUAAAACACCUAAGGAGGGAACUUUGGUCAGUCUCAAUCAAACAUUUGCUGGAGCCAAGAUGCUGCACAUCACGCUGUGUCCUGCAACAUUGCUUGUACUAUUGUCUAUAUGGCAUGGUGGUUUUACAUUGCCAAUAACAACUAAAGAACCAGUGACAAGCGCAUGUGUCCUUUCCGCACAGGCACUUUUAGAUAACAUCACGGAUGCUCUCACCCAGGACAAUGGGCAUCCAUAUAAGAAAAACUUGUUUAAAGGAUUCAGCUGCUCACAACAAAGUAUAGACCUCAACACAGAGACUGACACACCAUAUGCCUGUGCACCUCAUGGAACAAGUUGCUCUGGAGUGAUAAAAUCACAGUUUAAUCAGGAGGUGUGUAUGGAGAACAUUGAGAAGGACCUGCACCACUACUACAAAGUCCUGUCUGGCCAUCCUGACCCUGACAUGUUCCUCAGAGGCACUCUUCUGCUCAGCCUCAGGGAGCUCAUGAUGACUUGCUUCUCUCCACCUGAAGACCUUAAUAAGUCGCCCUCAGAGAGUCCAAGCAACUAUGACGACAGACUGAGUUUGUGUAAAAAACUGAAGGGCUUCCACAUCCGCACCAUCACCAUCAACCGUGCUCUGGGAUACAUGCACUCUGGGGAGCACAACAAAUAA